GAGAGAGAGAGAGAGAGAGAGAGAGAGUCAGCGAGAGCGAGAGAGAGUCAGCAAGAGAGAGGGAGAUAAAGAGACAGGGAGAUCGAGAGAGAGAGAGAGACAGAUAGAGAGUGCGUGUGAGUGUGUGCCGCGCCUACAGAAGCGUCUGCGAAGGACUUGUGAUGUGAUGGCCACCCGGAGAGAGAUGCAAUAAACAAACCUAUCUGCUCCAUCGAAGAGCUCCGCUGAGGAGUGUGAUAGUUAGUGGCCGCCAUGUUGAGCCGCCUGUUCAGCGACGUCCUGCCGGACGUCCAGAGGCUCGCGGCGGGAGGCUGGGUGGAGGACAGCGCGAGCGAGGACUCCAAGACCAAGGACGACUGCCACCUCCGCGAGGACGAGAUGGAUGACAGCGAGACACGCGCCAGCAGCCGGGCCGAUUCCGAAAUGGCGGGAGACGACGACGACGACGACGACGACAGUCUUGACGACGACGAAGAGGAGGGCGGCGGCGACGAGAACGAUGGCGACAAACCCAAGAAGCGCGGGCCGAAGAAGCGUCAGAUGACGCCGGCCCGUGCCGAGCGCUCCAAGGUGCGCAGGCAGAAGGCGAACGCGCGCGAGCGCACGCGCAUGCACGACUUGAACUCGGCGCUGGACAACCUGCGCAAGGUGGUCCCGUGCUACUCCAAGACCCAGAAGCUGUCCAAGAUCGAGACGCUGCGGCUGGCCAAGAACUACAUCUGGGCGCUCGGGGAGAUCUUACGCAACGGAAAGCGGCCUGACGUCGUGUCGUACGUUCAGACGCUGUGCAAAGGCCUGUCCCAGCCCACCACCAACCUGGUGGCCGGCUGUCUGCAGCUCAACACCCGGAACUUCCUCACGGAACAGUGUACGGAACCGGGCCGCUUCCACGUGCCCAGCUCCCCCUUCGCCGCCCACCCUUACCCCUACCCCUGCUCCCGCCUGGCCAGCCCCCACUACCAGGGCGGCUCCGGGGGGCUGAACAUACGGAGCCAUGCUUACGGCCCGGGGUACGAGGCCGUGUACCCACCGGGUGGGGGGUCCCCAGACUACAACAGCCCGGACUACGAGGCGCCACACAGCCCCCCUGUGUGCCACAACGGCGGGCUGUCGAACCGGCCAGGCCAGGACUCGGAUACGGACAGGAACUAUCACUACUCUAUGCACUACUCCGGGCUGACCACGGCCCGUGCCCCGGCUCCUCACAACCUGCCGUUUGGGCCCCCGGGAGCGCGGAUCGGCGGCGCGCAUUCGGAAAACAUUCCGCCUUUCCACGACGUGCAUACGCACCACGACAGGGCCCCGCCGUACGAGGAUCUCAACGCGUUUUUCCACAACUGAGACCCUCAGGAACCGGAAAGAGGAAGACACCCCCGAACCAGACUGACAUUCCUACUGUAAUAUCUCUGUACACCCCACUCUGUAGACCCGAUGUCACGCUAUAAUCUUGUAUAUUUGACCAAGGUGUCCCAGUAUAUCCUGUAUGCACAAUAAUAACAGUUGGUUUGGACAUAAACGAUGUAAAAAAAAAACAACGACCAUAAGAAUACAAUGACAAAAAAUAAAAAACUGUUUAUUAAAUAACUUGAUAUUGGAUGAUUGUGCUACCCCCCUUUCCCUCAGGAAUCACUUAGACAGUAUACGAUUAAAGUCGAUCUAUUUCCUUAACAUCACAAGGUCGAAUGUGUGGCUGUGUAGACGCACGCGUAUAAAAAACACGA